AUGAGUCCCUCCCGCCGGGUGCGCCAUCCCUCAGAGGUGUGCGCCAUCCCUCGCAGGUGUGUGCCAUCCCUCGCAGGUGUGUGCCAUCCCUCAGAGGUGUGUGCCAUCCCUCACAGGUGUGUGCCAUCCCUCACAGGUGUGUGCCAUCCCCCGCAGGUGUGUGCCAUCCCUCGCAGGUGUGUGCCAUCCCUCAGAGGUGUGUGCCAUCCCUCACAGGUGUGCGCCAUCCCUCGCAGGUGUGUGCCAUCCCCCGCAGGUGUGUGCCAUCCCCCGCAGGUGUGUGCCAUCCCUCGCAGGAGAGUGCCAUCCCCCGCAGGUGUGUGCCAUCCCUCGCAGGUGUGUGCGGCACUGCAGCGGGCACCGAUGAGCUGA